UGAGCCGUCUAUGCUCCUGCCUUGACGUGCAUGUGGGCCCACUGUACGGGAAGGAAGGGCGGGAAGAUGAGAGAGAAAACAGAGAAACGAAAGAAAGCGAAAACGAGAAACCACGAGCAAAAUGCAAAUGCUGCUUCUGCAGUUCUGCCUGAGCUGGAGCCUGGAGCUGAGAGUCUCUUCCCACCUGAAGAAUGUUUUGCUUUCCCCGUUGAAAUUUAUUUCAUCAAGAAAAGGAGAGAGGUGUUCCCUUUCUUCUGUUUUCUUGCAAAAAAAAAAAAAAAGAAAACUACCAAAGUGAGUAAAGAGAGUUCAUACCCGGAGCGGAAUGGAGUAGAUUUGAUCAAUUUUCCAGGCUUUAAUGGUCGGAAGAAUCUGGAAGUGUCAUCUAUAUGGUAUGGAUGGAUAGAAAAAACGGUUUAUGGUAUCUCUGUCUAGUAUUUGCGAGAUUCUGUGUUGUUUAACGAACCUUCAGGUUUUAGUAAUUUCUUCGGCUUCCCUCUCGUCUCUUUCUAUACUUCUGAGUAUUUUCCUUCCUUGAAAGUUGAAAUGCGAUUUUGGGUUGUUGAACCUACCGUGACUUUUUCUAGCAAAUGAAUCAAUCUGUCAGAAUAAAAAAAAAAAGAAAUAUGCAAAUGCACCUUCUUCUUUUGUUUUUGGGUUCGGAAUUUAGAAUUUCAGGUUAAGAAGAGGUUGUCGUAAUGAAAAAGCUUGGAAUCGGCAUGGGAAGAUUUGGUUCUGAUAUUCCAAAAGGAUUUAAUUAAGCUAUUCAAGUAAUCUUCUGUAAUGGUUUCAAUUGAGUGUAUUUAUAGGAGUUGUCUGAUUUUUUGGAAGGUGAGGAAAGACUGGUGGGCCUGGGGUUGGAGUUGGGAGGCCAGGCUGAAGCCUUUCUCGCUACAGUUUGUAGUUCAAUUGGUGCAAGUUGAAAUGAUUGAUUUACAAACGGAAGCUCUUUAACAAUCCUACAACUACGAUUAUUUGGAUGCCGUCUUGAUGAAUUUCUGAGCUAAGGAAGAAGUUCUCUUCGUCCUUUAGUGUGGUUCCAGCGGAGCGGUUCUCUGACGUACUCCCAUCCCAUGGAUAAGAGAAGCUCCAAGAUCUCCGUACCUUUUCUGUUUAUCUCCUGCUUUUGCCAUGUCAUCCAAUGUCGAGAAGCCAUGAUUGAAAUUGAACACCUGGUUACAGAGCCGCCGACCCCAUUUAGGGUUCCCAGUUACAGGAGUGGCCUUCGGAGGAUUAUUCUGGGCACCAUAUUGGGGUUCUUAACAGGAUUUAUUUGUGCCAUUCUUUUUGCUUGCUUGGUCCGAUUUCUCAUUAGGUACUUGUACAGAACCCCAAUUCUCAAAGGUCCGGUUGUCUUCUCCCCAAAAAUUGCUCCAAGAACACUCCAACUGGCCCUCUCCAAUGAAAACCAGUUGCUUGGGUCGAGCCCUAAUGGAAGGUACUACAGAACUGUUCUUGAUAACGGGCUAACCAUCGCGGUCAAAAGGCUUGAACCCUUCGAAAGCCCUCCUUCUCCGGAGACUCUAAGCAAGUCCGUCAAAAGACGGAUACAGCGAGAGCUAGAAGUGCUAGCCAGCCUAAGGCACCGGAAUCUGAUGAGCCUCCGGGCUUACGUUCGUGAAUCUGAUCGAUUUUCUCUGGUUUAUGAUUACGUGCCUUAUGGCAGCCUCGAAGAUGCAAUGAACAGAGUCCGGGAGAACCAGCUCCAGCUUGGCUGGGAAAUUCGCCAUCGCAUUGCAGUUGGGGUGAUUAAGGGACUCCACUAUCUCCACUUUAGCUGCAGCCCAAGAAUUCUUCACUACAGUCUCAAACCUACAAAUGUGAUGUUGGAUGCAGAAUUUGAACCGAGGCUGGCAGAUUGUGGAUUGGCUAAGUUUAUGCCUAAUUUGGGUCAAACAACAUCUGGCUAUACAGCUCCUGAAUGUCUCCAAAGUUGCAGGUACACGGAUAAAAGUGAUGUGUUCAGUUUUGGUGUGAUUCUGGGUGUUCUGCUAACUGGAAGGGACCCUAUGGAUCCAUUCUUUGGUGAAGCAGCAAGCGGAGGAAGUUUGGGGCGCUGGCUUCGGCAUUUGCAGCAAGCAGGAGAGGCACGAGAAUCACUAGACAAGAGCCUUCUUGGGGAAGAAGGUGAGGAGGAUGAGAUGCUGAUGGCAGUUAGAAUUGCUGUCGUCUGCCUCUCAGAUUUGCCUGCUGACCGCCCUUCAAGUGAUGAGCUUGUUCCCAUGCUCACACAGCUACAUAGCUUUUGAAGAAAAUGCAUGUAAAAUAUAUACAUUUGUUCCAGGUUGUGGGUCCCCUGUAACUCUUCGCAUCUGCAGAAUUUGGAGGUUGGGUAAUUCUAGGUAUUGAUCUACUAGUGGGUUCUGAUCUGCAUUACCCAGAAAAUCUGAAGAAUCCAAGGAUUUAUUUACCUCUCUGAAAAUCCAGCUUCCAGCAUUUUUACUUAAAUCAUGUUUCACUGCAAAUACCGCAGUAGACACCACAGAAGUUGGGGAUGAUGCUUACAUUACAUGGUGUUAACAGUAAAGAAGUUUGCCGGAAGAAAUUUCUUCACCCCAAACUGCAAAGUCCAUGGGGAUAAUCAUCUUCCAUAAACACGAUAUGUUGAGAUGUGCAAACAUGAUUAUCAACGCCAUUAGAAAUGCAGACUUUUGCCCAUCAUUGUACUUAA